AUGAAGUUUAAUAUCGAAGAUCUCCCUGUUCUUUUCCCAUAUCCUAGGAUAUAUCCAGAACAGUAUGCCUAUAUGUGCGACCUCAAACGCACCCUUGAUGCAGGAGGUCAUUGUGUUCUGGAGAUGCCUUCUGGGACAGGGAAGACAGUGUCACUUCUCUCCCUGAUCGUAGCCUAUCAACAGUACUAUCCUGAACACCGAAAGCUAAUCUACUGCUCUCGUACCAUGUCAGAGAUCGAGAAAGCCCUGGCAGAAUUGAAGGCUCUGAUGAAGUACCGAGCAGACCAGCUCGGCGAGGAAGAAGAGUUCCGUGGGCUUGGACUGACCAGUCGCAAGAAUUUGUGUCUUCAUCCUUCUGUCAAGAAAGAGAAAAGCGGUGCAAUAGUUGACGCCCGAUGCAGAAGCUUGACUGCUGGUUUUGUGAAAGAAAAGAAGGAGAGGGGUGAGGAUGUUGACGUCUGCGUGUAUCAUGACAACCUAGAUCUCCUCGAACCUCACAAUCUCGUACCUAAUGGCGUCUUCACAUUCGAUGGCAUACUCAAGUACGGGGAGAAGCAUAAGCAAUGUCCCUAUUUCACUGCGCGAAGGAUGAUGCCCUUCUGCAAUGUCAUUAUUUACUCAUAUCACUAUUUGCUCGAUCCUAAGAUUGCAGAACGGGUAUCUAAAGAGCUGUCCAAGGACUGCAUCGUGGUUUUCGACGAAGCUCACAAUAUCGACAACGUUUGCAUCGAGUCGUUGAGCAUCGAUUUGACGGAGGAUUCUUUACGGAAAGCAACACGAGGGGCCAACAAUCUCGAGCGCAAGAUCACAGAAAUGCGGUCUUCUGACGCCGAGAAACUCCAGAAUGAGUAUGCCAAGCUGGUAGAGGGUCUCCGAGACGCAGAUGAAGCUAGAGAAGAAGAUGCAUUCAUGGCAAACCCAGCACUCCCAGAUGAUCUUCUUCAAGAAGCCGUCCCCGGUAACAUACGUCGAGCAGAGCACUUUGUCGCCUUCCUCAAACGUUUUGUGGAAUACCUGAAGACCCGAAUGAAAGUCUUGCAUGUCAUCUCAGAAACACCGCCCUCAUUCCUCCAACAUUUAAAAGACCUAACCUUCAUUGAAAAAAAGCCUCUCCGCUUCUGCGCCGAACGACUAACCUCCCUCGUCCGCACUCUGGAACUCACAAACAUAGAAGACUACCAACCCUUGCAAGAAGUAGCUACCUUCGCCACUCUCGCCGCAACCUACGACAAAGGUUUCCUCCUGAUCCUCGAACCCUACGAAUCGGACACCGCCACCGUUCCCAACCCCAUUCUCCACUUCACGUGCCUCGACGCUGCUAUCGCUAUCAAGCCCGUGUUUGACCGCUUCUCCUCAGUUAUCAUCACCUCCGGCACAAUCUCUCCUCUGGAAAUGUACCCAAAGAUGCUCGGCUUUACGACCGUCGUGCAAGAAUCCUACUCCAUGACCCUAGCCCGACGCUCCUUUCUACCCAUGAUCGUAACGCGAGGCUCCGACCAGUCUGCCAUAUCAUCCGGCUUCCAAAUCCGCAAUGAACCCGGCGUCGUCCGCAACUACGGCACUCUCUUACUGGAGUUCAGCAAACUAACCCCCGAUGGCAUUGUCGUUUUCUUCCCCUCAUAUCUAUACAUGGAGAGCAUAAUCAGCAUGUGGCAAGGCAUGGGCACGCUCGAUGAGAUCUGGAAAUACAAACUCAUCCUCGUCGAAACGCCCGACUCGCAAGAAACCUCUCUAGCGCUCGAAACCUACCGCACAGCCUGCUGCAACGGCCGGGGCGCAAUCUUACUUUGCGUCGCUCGAGGCAAGGUUUCAGAAGGUAUAGAUUUCGAUCACCAUUAUGGUAGGACGGUGCUCUGCAUCGGCGUGCCCUUCCAAUACACCGAAUCCCGCAUCUUAAAAGCCCGCCUGGAAUUCCUGCGCGAGACCUAUCGCAUCCGCGAGAAUGACUUUCUUUCCUUCGAUGCCAUGCGGCACGCCGCGCAGUGUCUCGGUCGCGUGCUCCGUGGCAAAGACGACUACGGUAUCAUGGUACUCGCUGACCGCCGUUUCCAGAAGAAACGCACCCAGCUUCCAAAAUGGAUAAACCAAGCACUACUUGAUAGUGACACGAGCCUAAGCACGGAUAUGGCGACCGCGAGCGCGAAGAAAUUCCUGCGGACGAUGGCGCAGCCUUUUAGUGAGAGAGAUCAGGCGGGGGUCAGUACGUGGGAUCUGAGGGAUUUAGAGAGGCAUAAGGAGAAAAUGGAGGAGGAGAAGAUUCGGGAGUUGAGGAACGGAGGGGAAAAGAUGGAGGUGGAUGGUGUGGAUGGGCGUUUCAAUGUGCAGAAUGGAGUUGAUGGGGAUGACUUUGAGGAUGAGGAUAUGGAUGCACUCAUGCGGGAUGCUGAUGCUGAGUGA